UUUUCCAGAUUAUGCGCAAAGAGUAAUGAAAUUGCUGAGUGCCCGGAUGACAUUCGGCGACGAAGUAGAUAUUAGUGACACUAUAUAUUUGGGGGUCUUCGAUCUAUUAAUAUGGGAAAUGAAAACAGUUUGCCAAUGGAGCUUUGCUCCAACUUUGACCUGGACGAAAUCAAGAGGCUUGGAAAGCGCUUCCGCAAGCUUGACUUGGACAAUUCCGGAUCUUUGAGCGUGGAGGAGUUCAUGUCCCUACCGGAGUUGCAGCAAAACCCACUGGUGCAGAGAGUUAUAGAUAUAUUUGACACUGAUGGAAAUGGGGAGGUAGAUUUUAAAGAAUUCAUCGAAGGUAUUUCACAGUUCAGUGUUCGUGGCGACAAGGAGUCCAAGUUAAGAUGUAUGUUUGCAUUCAAGAUAUACGACAUGGACAAGGACGGGUACAUCUCAAAUGGAGAGUUGUUCCAAGUCCUUAAAAUGAUGGUGGGCAACAACUUGAAGGACACACAGCUCCAGCAGAUUGUGGACAAGACGAUUAUCCAUGCAGACACUGAUGGCGAUGGCAAAAUCUCAUUUGAAGAAUUCUGUGCUGUUGUAGGAACUAUGGAUGUUCAUAAGAAAAUGGUGGUUGACGUAUAGAAGAAAACCUCACAUCACUACAAAAAGACUUUACUUUACUAUUUUAAAUAAUGAUCUUUUUCCAUGACAGCUUGCUGGUGUCCACCCUACAGGUGUUAUGGUACUUUGAUGUUUAGCUGUGUACCACAUGGCAGUUCAUGUGCUCGUCGCCGAUGGCGCCGAUGCUGCCGAUGUUGCACAACAACCAACUACCCAGUUAUGGAGGGCAGAAUUUCCCUUGUGCCUGCGUCUCUCAGUGUCGAAACUAUUCAAACUGUUCAUAGGAAUUUUGUGCUCUUUAGAAAAUCUUGGUAUUGAAAGCAUGACUUCAGCUGGAGCUCUGUGUAUCGGCUCAGUAGAGAAGCCAGUUAAGUUCCCCCUAUGUUUUUGGACUGACAAUAUAAGUUGUGUUGUAUUAUUUCAAUGAAAGGUGUACCUGUAACUCAGGGUUGUGUGUAUUGUGUGGUACAGUGUUCAGUGUAAUCCUGUUUCCCAGUGGUUGUGAGACUAGACCAACACCUAGUCCAGGACUACAUUCAGCUCAUUCACACAUCCUUUAAAUCGGUAGGAAAGAUCAUUAUUUCAAACGUUUAUCCCAUUUUUUAGAUCGGUAGUAAUUAUGAAUCUCCUAGCCUGACUGAAGUCUUGCUUCAAACCAACCUACAUGCUCUGGUAACAGUGCAGAGAAGACCUGUCUACUUUAGUUACAAAUGUUCAUGACAAUAAUACUUACCAUAUGCUUUGUGGUAGGGUGUGUUUGUCAUCAUUAAUAUGUGCAGCUAGACUGACCAGUGAUCUCAGCUACUUUCAAGGGAACAUCAAAGUAGAUGGGCAAAAUCAUGUCUUGCAUAACUUUUUCACAACAAAAGAUGGAAAACAGUUGUUCUUGUUGCAUAAUCCGGCACAGUAAUGGGAAUGCUUUAUGUGUUUGUUGAUAUUGUUUGUUGACCCAAAGUAGUGUUCUUUUGUUGAUUGUGUUGGUGGGUAGUGUAUACACAUCCCUGCAGUAAAAAUCUUUAUUUCUUGUUUGACAGUUUUUUACACAAGUCACUUAUAGGAUGAUGAAAGAGAGUUUAAGUUCUAUGUUAUGCACAUCAGACAGUACACAAUACUCACAUGUAUUUGUAGUGUCACUGGUUCAAAAUUUGUAUUGAAAAUAAUGUUAUUGCUGUGUACAGGAGUUAUCUCCCCUGCUUGUAACUAGGGUUGAUCUAGAGACUUAAUAUAUUCCAGAACUAAAACUAAGUUAUGAAGGUCAACAUUCAGUGUUGAGAUACCAAAGACUUAUUGGAAGUUAUGCAGAUAUUUUCCCUGAUUGCUUAGAUAUGCACAGAUUUGCUUGUCGUCUAAUCUGACAGAAGAAACACUGACCUAUGUUCAAAGUUUUGCUUGUAGUGGGUAUGUUCUAUCAGGAACAAAUAAGUACAUAUGCACUCUAAAUCAAGCAUAAAACGUUAACAGUGCAUAAUAAUGUAUGGUGUUACUUCACUGACAAACAAUUAUGAUGGAGCCAUUUGUAAUGUUAUGUAAGCAUAAGAAUGUUUUGUGCAAAGGCCAGAAAAAAGAUUUUAUAUAAGGUUUGAUAACUCUGCUUGCAAACGUUGCAAUGAGUCUGUGAAAAGGUAUUUCAAGUCUGAGCCGAAUCAGUACAUUUUACUCAUUACAUGUGGGCUUUCAUAAGUUAAGCUUGCUAGACUGACAAAGUUUAUUAUACUUGCCUAGAGGCUAGUUUAUAUUUACUUGGAAAUAGUGCUAUUUGAAGAAUUUUCCUGCUUUCUAUCCACAUGAGAGAUCCAGUGCACUGUCUCCACAUCUCAGCAUCUGUCCAUCACUGUCUGACUGCUGUCAUCUCUCUUCAUUUGUCAUACAUCACACGUGGACAGAGUCCUAUGCCAAACCCAGGGUGUUCCCGUCUCUCGUAAUCUGUUCUAACUGAUCAUAUGAAACAACUGAAUGGCUUGAAGCUACUUAUAAUUGUGUGUAAAUCGCUGCCUCUCCAUUGCAUGUUGUUUAACCUCCAACAUCUCUGCUGAUGACCCAUUGUUAUAGAUAUGGCUAUAGAUAAUGUCAGUGUGGGUUAUACAUGCCUGUUGACCUCUGACACAAGGUUGGAGUGUAAGCAAGCACUGGCUCACCGGUGCUGGUCAAAUGAGGAAAUAUAUACCUUGGGGUGAAGGUCGAUUUGAAUGUAGACCAACUUCAGGUAACGGCAUGAACACACAUUUCUCAGGUUGUUGAUUUAAACAUAAUGUCAAAAGAUAUAAAAUUUAAAUUAAUCUAAAGGGUUUGGUUACUCAAGCUGUAAUAACACUCAUAAUUUCUGACUAAUUUAUGACAUAAUAAUGUUUGUUUGUUUGCAGUAAGCAAUUAUGACAUUCCUCUAUUUUGAUAUUUGAUAAAGUUCUUCCAAUAUUACACAAAUGAUUUUCGACAAAAUUGAUUAUGGUCUCUGGGAGUCUGUGAUUAUAGGAGACAGUAAGGUAUAAGAAGUUAUCUCAUUGCUGCACACUAUGCAGUGUCGGGCAUUUAGUCAGUCUUGUAACCCUGGUGUUUUUUGCCAAUUCAGUCCUUUGGGGACCUGUUUUAAUUUAUAGUCCAAAUUUAUCCAUCACUUUUUGUUAAAUUAAAUUUUUACCUUCGGUUUCAGAUCUUAUCAUUUCCCCCCGUACUUGUGAUACCUGUUUGCCCCUUUUGUAUUGUUUUGUGUGGAAUGAAUCAUUUGCAUGUAAUUUGGUGUGUACAUUAAAUUAAUUAUAAUUAUACUAUCAUCAGCUUGUGUAUAUUGAAUCCCUGUAUAUUUUUGCAAUAAUUUGAAUAUGGUCUAUCAUCUGACCGUUUUUUAUUAUUGUAAGAUGUUCCAACUUUUUUCUGUAAAUUUGAACCAUUUAUAUGUUGUAAAAUGUCGAAUCACCUUCAGGUGUUUUUAUCCUUCCUGUUAACACCUUCACAUUGAGCUUAUCUAACCUUGUUCAUUUUAUCUUUUCACACAAUUGCUAAGAUUUCUCUUAAAUAAAUUUUGCAAAUAUCCA